GACAGCAGAUUUCAUUGCAUUGUUGCACGACAAAAUGCACAACAUUUGCCUCAACAUGCCUCCGAUGGUCGAGAGCUUCGACCCGGAGGUGCUAUUCACGCGCCGUUGCAUAUGGGUGAACGGAGCCGUCAUAGUGGGGGCGGGUCCGUCUGGUCUGGCUGCGGCGUCCGGUCUGAAAGAGCAAGGCAUCCCCUUCAUCAUCCUCGAAAGAGCCAACUGCAUCGCAUCGCUGUGGCAGAACCGUACCUACGACCGCCUCAAGCUUCACCUUCCCAAACAGUUCUGCCAGCUUCCCAAUUUCCCUUUCCCAGAUAACUUCCCCGAAUACCCUUCCAAAUUCCAGUUCAUCACGUAUCUUGAAUCCUACGCUAAGCACUUCGGAAUCAAUCCCCAGUUCAACGAAACUGUUCAAUCUGCCAAGUACGACGACACGUUCGGGUUCUGGAGGGUCAAGACCAUCCGCAAGGAGGCUAGCGAGGUGGAGUACAUUUGCAGGUGGCUCGUGGUCGCUACAGGGGAGAAUGCAGAGAAAGUUGUUCCCGAGUUCGAAGGCUUGGAGGAUUUUGGAGGCCGAGUCAUGCAUGCUUGUGAUUAUAAAUCCGGAGAGAGUCAUGCCGGCCAGAAAGUGUUGGUUGUUGGGUGUGGAAAUUCCGGCAUGGAAGUCUCUCUCGAUCUCUGUAACCACCAUGCCAGCCCCUCAAUGGUGGUUCGAAGCUCGGUUCACGUGCUGCCCAGGGAAGUAUUUGGAAAAUCGACUUUCGAACUGGCUGUGGCGCUGAUGAAGAAGCUACCUCUGUGCAUGGUGGACAAGAUACUGCUGAUUCUGGCUCGCGUGAUUCUGGGGGACUUGGAGAAGUACGGACUGAAGAGGCCGGAAAUGGGGCCUCUGGAGCUGAAGAACAGUGCGGGGAAGACGCCGGUGCUGGACAUUGGAGCGCUGAAGAAGAUUAGAUCUGGCGAGAUAAAGGUGGUUCCUGGAAUCAGGAGAUUCUGGAGAGGCAAAGUCGAACUGGUUGAUGGCCAAAUUCUUCAGCUUGAUUCUGUUGUUCUUGCUACUGGGUACCGCAGUAAUGUACCCUCAUGGCUAAAGGAGAAUGAGUUUUUCUCAGAGGAUGGGAUACCGAAGAAUCCAUUCCCGAACGGAUGGAAAGGAAAGUGGGGAUUGUAUGCGGUAGGGUUCACAAGAAGAGGGCUAUCAGGUGCAUCGCUGGACGCUGUGAGUGUGUCGCAUGACAUUGCCAGGUGUUGGAAAGAGGACUUUAAGCAACGCAAGAAAUCAGUGGCUACUCGUCACAGAAGAUGCAUCUCCCACUUCUAAUUCAUCGAUCAACUCUGACGUUGAAGGUCCUUAAUUCCCAAAUGUGAAUGAUAGCAGAUCAUAAUAAUAAUAAUAAUAAUAAUAAUAAUAAUAAUAAUAAUAAUAAUAAUAAUAAUAAUAAUAAUGUAGGCGUGGAGAGCUCUACCCCACAUAUUGUUAAUUAAUUAGGUAAUUAUUGAUUAAUUCGCUCCCACAAAAGGAAUUAAAGCAGCCCUCUCCUGAAUUAAACAAACAACAACCACUCCUCCUAAUGAUCUCAAGGAAGAUGAGGCUUGUUCAUGUCAUUCCCUUGUUGCUUUUGCCUUUCAUUUAUUCCUCCUUCCUCGCUUGUAUGCUCUAUAUAUGUAUUUGACCCCCUUGAAAAAUAUUGUAUCACACUUUUUUUUUUUACUCG